CAGACUAACCCUCACAGCAGUGGCAACUAGACUGAAUUCAGCAUCUCUGUACUGACUGAAUAAAAUGGAAAAUCUUCUGAGUGAAGAUUUUCUGACUGAAACAACCACUGAAGUUACAUUUUAUCCGGAGACCGGCUCUGGUUAUAUGGAAGACUAUGACACCGGGCCCACUGAAAACACGGGCAUGUGUGACAGGAGCUGGGUCAGGCUGUUUCGUGGGCAGUACGAGCCGCCACUCUUCUGGCUCAUUUUCAUCCUGGGCGCCGUGGGUAACCUGAUGGUGGUCUGGAUCUACACCACCGUGCGCAACCGGCUGAAGACAAUGACUGACGUUUACCUACUAAACCUGGCCGUGGCUGACCUCCUCUUCCUGUGCACGCUGCCCUUCUGGGCUUUUGACGCCAUCCAGGGCUGGCAGUUCGGCGUCAGCCUCUGCAAAAUAGUAUCGGCUGUUUACAAAAUCAACUUCUUCAGCAGCAUGCUCUUACUCACCGCCAUCAGUGUGGACCGCUACAUCGCUAUUGUGCAGGUCACCAAGGCCCACAACCUGAAGAACAAGAGACUUUUCUACAGCAAACUGGCCUGCCUGUGCAUCUGGGUUGUCUCCACCCUCCUGGCUCUCCCUGAGUUUAUCUUCUCCCAGGUGAAGCCAGGACAAGAGAAACAGUCAUUCUGUGUUAUGGUCUACUGGAACAACUGGCAAAACCGCACUAAGAUCCUUGUGCUGUCCCUGCAGAUCUGCAUCGGCUUCUGCCUGCCUUUACUAGUGAUGGUGCUCUGUUACUCUGUCAUCAUCCGCACUCUGCUCCAGGCCAAGAGCUUUGAAAAACAUAAGGCGCUGCGGGUCAUCUUUGCCGUGGUGGCUGUGUUUGUUCUCUCCCAGCUGCCGUACAACAGCCUCCUGGUGAUGGAGGCCUCACAGGCAGCAAAUACCACCAUCACCGACUGCAACAUCGUGAAGCGAUUUGACAUAGCCGGACAGGUCGCCAAGACCCUGGCGUACACUCACGCCUGCCUUAACCCCUUCCUCUACGUCUUCAUCGGCGUUCGGUUCCGACAAGAUCUCCUGAAGAUGCUGAAGGUGUGCGUUGGAGGCCUGAGCAAAGGGGCGCUCACUAAAAUACAAGCUGUUCCCACACGUCCCUCAGUUAUGUCAGACACUGAGACGACCCCUGCCCUGUCCUUAUAAAUAUCCCUUUUCCAAAACCUGUGACCUGAGCCUGCAUUAAAACAUAGAUAUCACCUAUAGCAUCUUGUAAAAGUCAAAGGUAAAUACACUUUAUCCCACAACAUACAUGGAACUGUACCACAAAAUAUAGGUUUUCAACUGUUAAGAAAUUCGCUGAGCCUGCAUUUAUCAAAUACUGACAAUUACUGCACAUUUCAAAUCCGGAAACCUUUUGUAGAAACUGUAUAUACCCAAAAUGUAAAUAAUGGUGACUUGU